UACACACUGUCAACAUGCACACUUCCUCAUAGUGUAGGGCACCAGCAACCUUUUGGAACUGCUAAACAUACAGAGACAAGGAGAGUACGAACAAAAGACUUCAAAGUGAAAUAAAAAUAAAGGAAAUAAAAAAUAUAGGUUGAAAGUAAAGAGGUAAGGAAGGACAGAAUUGAGAGAGAGUGAGAGAAAGUUAUGGGGACUUCAACUUGACAGAAUGGUCCGCUGCCAUUUCCUCUAGCAGUGGUGUCUGCCUGGGUAGAGGUGAACGGAGUAGUUGACCUACAAACCGAACCAAGCAGUGGAUUGUUCUAUCAACCACAAUUUGAGGACACGAUCAGUGGAUAUACCUACAGAUUGAUUCUGAUUGGGCAAGAGAUUGCACCUUGGUGAGUACCGACAAAGAGAGCUAGGAUGGAGGGAGAGAGGCCUCAUAGAAGAAGCUGGAGCUUUUCCUCUUUUUAUCCCAAACGUAAACAGCUAACAGAUGGCCAAGACACUGGAUUUAGACGGAGAGGGCUGCAGUUCUACUCCUCGGUGCGCGAGGCCUCAAGAAACGAGAGGGUUCUAGAGGAGAGGGAGGAGGUUGAUGCUCCUGUGACGGGCGCCUCAGGAGGACCCACCCAUCUGGUCCAGCUGAGGCCGAUGGCUGACCGGUUAAAGAGUGAGCAACCUCAAAGCGCCGCCAAUGGGAAAGAGAAAGACGCCCUGUCAUUUGACCUCAGCACCGUCCAACCCAGCGAGGAUGAGAAGGGUGAGAGAGGUGCCAUCAAGAGGCUAAGCACCAUGUGGUCCUCAUUCCGGGGCAAACACGACAAAGACCGGGUGAUGAAGGAGCCACCCCUUCAGGAGUCUUUGGAGCCAGCUCCUGUGGACACCCCAGCCAAGGAGCAGCGCUACAUGAGUGGGCAGUACUUCUUUGAGUACUUGGUUGUGGUCAGCCUCAAGAAAUCCAAAGAGGGGGCCUACGAGCCACAGAUCACCUACCAGUUCCCCAAAAGGGAUGGGAUGGUGAGAUUCCAAAGAGAGGAGGAGGAAAAGACCCUGAAGGCUAUCACACUCUUCUGUUUCCCUGAGGGCAUCAACUGGGCCCCCCUAACAGAGUACCACAGUGAGACAUUCUCAUUUGUCUUGACUGAGAUCGACGGCAGCAGAAGGAACGGAUACUGUAGGAGGCUACUGCCCCAUGGCAACGGCGCUCGCCCACCUGAGGCCUACUGCAUCAUUAGCAGGUUGGCUUGUUUCGGACUGUUCUCCAAGAUCUUUGACGAGGUGGAGAAGCGGCGCCAGAUCUCCAUGGCGAUGAUCUACCCGUUCAUGCAAAGCCUGAGGGAGGCGGCGUUCCCCGCCCCAGGCAACACAGUCAAGAUCAAGAGCUUCAUCCCCGACAAAGGCACUGAGAUCAUCAGUCUGACGCGGCCGUUGGACUCAUGGCUAGAGCAUGUGGACUUCCGCACACUCUUUCGCUGCUUGACGGACGAGGAGGUUCUGCUCGUGUUCGCUGCCGCCGUUAUGGAGCGACGCAUCGUCUUCAUAGCAGAGGAGCUCAGCACCCUGUCCCAGGUGAUCCACGCCGUGGUCGCCCUGCUCUACCCCUUCACCUGGCAGCACACCUUCAUCUCCAUCGUCCCCGAGAUCCUCAUUGACGUGGUCAUGGCCCCCACCCCCUACCUGCUGGGAGUACAGAAGCGGCUCCUGGAACAGGUCACGGACCAGAGCGACCUGCUUGUUGUGGACUUGUCAGAGGAUAAGGGGGACACUUUCCUAGUUCAAAGCGGAGAUGAGAAGUAUAUUCUGCCCCCUAAGCUCCAAGAUGAAAUACUGCAGGCACUAAGAAAUAGGAAAGAAAAAGCCACUGUGGAGGAGCUGAACACGGUGGUCUCGGAAGCCUUCCUGCCCUUCUUCGUGAAGACUGUCGGCCAUUUUGCCUCAUACGUGACGCGGAAAGGAAACGGGCAGCCGGGGGUGUUUCAGAGCAGGGCCUUCUACAAGGCUAUCGAGUCCAAGACCACGCGGCACUUUGUCAAGAAGUUCCUCCAGACCCAAAUGUUUGACCUGUUUAUCCAAGAGUUGGAGCAGCAGCAGCCAGCGAGCCUCCAGCAAGGAAUUUUCCACAGAAAGAUUGUUGAAUACCAGGAAAAGAAGAAAAGAGAGAAGGCAAAGAAGAGAUAGCCUCGUUUACAGUGUAUUCACAAGAUACUAUGGUUGUGUAUAUAAGGGAUUUACUGUAGAUGUGAUAAAAUAGAUUUGAGAUGUAAAUAUUGGAAUUGAAUAAUUUGUAUUUAUAGUUUUUAAUGUGUUGGGGUAACAGUGGGUAUUUUAUGUGUUGCUACUGUAUAUGAUAGAUGGUUGACAAGACCACUGGUUAGAAUGAGUGUUGGAUUCAAAAAUGUGUCACCAUCUGAACUUGCUAUGAUUAAGCAGAAAAAAAUUCUAAUAAAGACUUUGAAUCUUUUUAUGUGAA